GCAGUCCGGCUUUGCAUGCGUAGAUCGAGAAAGCAAAAUGCAUACCGUAACUGAAUCAAAGCUAGCCAGCCAUAUGGUUUUCGUUCUGGCGCCACUGUUACUUCUCCUCUUGUCUGGCGGUUCUUCUUCCCCAGUUGUCCGUGCAGCAGCAGAUCAUGGAGACGACGACUACAUGAUGGUAGCCAUGAGCUCGCUGAAAGCAAAAGCCGCCUGCUUCGGGCACAGGGUGAUUCCACCGGACAACGGCACCUGGGUACCGUUGAAUCGCCCGCGAGGCCCGUGCUCGCCGUCCUUGUCGGGGGCCGCCAAGCCGUUGUCCUUGGCCGACCUGCUCCGCCAGGACCAGCUCCGCGUCGACGACAUCCAGUGGAGGCUAUCGGACGACGUCCGUGACAACAAGGGCUCGGUCAAGCCACCGAUGAUGACCGCGAGCGACCAGAUUAACCACCAGGCCACUGCGCAAGUCAUCGUGGGCUCAGAAUCAUUACCAAAUAGCUCCAUGCAGGAGCAGGGCUCUCAGGUGAGCAUUGAUCCGGCGGCGACCGGCCGGCGGUCGAGCCUGCCGGGGGUUGUACAGACGGUAGUGCUGGACACGGCCAGCGACGUGCCGUGGGUGCAGUGCGUGCCCUGCCCCGUUCCGCCGUGCCACCCCCAGACGGACACCUUCUACGACCCAAGCAGGUCCGGGACGUACGCCGCCUUCCCGUGCAACUCCCCCGCCUGCACACGGCUCGGACCCUACGCCAACGGUUGCGUCAACAACCAGUGCCAGUACCGCGUCAGGUACCCCGACGGCUCGUCCUCGUCGGGAACCUACAGCUCCGACCUGCUCACGUUCAACCCCACCAACGCCAUCAGCAACUUCCAGUUCGGGUGCAGCCACGCCGUGCAGGGUAGCUUCGACAGCCGGACAGCCGGGAUCAUGGCCCUGGGUGGCGGCCCGGAGUCGCUGGUAUCCCAGACCGCCUCCACCUACGGCAACGCUUUCUCCUACUGCCUCCCGCCGACGGAGAGCUACAAGGGGUUCUUCGUGCUCGGCGUGCCGCGCGUCGCCGCCUCCAGGUACGUGGUCACGCCCAUGCUCAGGUAUAAGCAGGUGCCCACGUUCUACCGCGUGCUCCUCCAGGCCAUCACUGUCGCCGGGCAGCAGCUCAAUGUGCCCCGUGCGGUGUUCGCCGCCGGCUCGGUGCUGGACUCCCGCACGGUCAUCACCCGCCUGCCGCCGACCGCGUACCAGGCGCUGCGCGCCGCGUUCAUGAACAAGAUGAGCAUGUACCGCGCGGCGCCCCCCAAGGGGAACCUGGACACCUGCUACGACUUUACAGGCGUCGCCAACGUCAGGCUGCCAAGAAUCUCGCUGGUUUUUGACAAGAACGCCGUCGUGGAGAUCGACCCGUCGGCGGUCCUGUUCAACGACUGCCUCGCUUUCAUCCCCAACCGCGACGACCGCAUGCCCGGGAUCCUCGGCAACUUGCAGCAGCAGACGAUCGAGGUGCUCUACGAUGUCGGCAACGGGGCCGUGGGAUUCCGCCGUAACGCGUGCUGAGCGUGACCGCGUUCGCCAGGGUGCUGUGCUCUCGGCGGACCGGGGAGUCGAUCGAGUUCAGUUCAGCAUUUCUAUGAAGUAUUCCUUGUCUCGACAAACUUACUAAAUAAAGCCGAGAUUUUCAUGUUGUGCACA